CGUCUCUAUUCUAUGGCAUUGACAGAAAAGCGGAAAAUUAGUUGAUUGACAUUUUUGUCUUUUCAACUUUGUGAAAAUGCCUAUUUGACGAGAUUUGCCGAUAAAUUCGAUUAAUUCAUUUUUAUAAACAUGGGUGGUUCGCAAAGCACUCGAAAGUUAAGUGUCGAUAACGAGAAUGCUAUUCAAGUCUCCCAAGAAGCCUUAGAUCGCAUACAAGACCAGCUGAACGCUAGACAAGCAGAACAGCCUCAAUCAAAACCUCAGUAUGCUCCACCACCCUAUUACGACACAUUAAAACAGCAAGAAUAUGCAGCAGAAGAAGCCUACUGGGCCCGUCGCAUUGAGAAUCUAAAGAGGGUCCAUGAGAAAAUCAAUAGUGGCAUGCAAAUAGAGUACCAGAAAACAUUAAAGGAGGCAAAUGAAUUAUUUGAUAUGGUAAAAGCAGAUAAAGUUGUUAACAAAUUACCUCCAUGUCAAGAAGAAAAAGCCAAGAUGCUAGAGUGCUACAGUUCAAAUCCUAACAAAUCUCUUCUGUGUUCAGUGCUAGUGAAUGAAUUCAAUGACUGUGUAUGCAGAAGCAGAAUUGCUGCAGUGUCCUCAUCUUGAGCAGAACAGCUUUGUAAAUAAUAAAGAUAAUAAUGUCUAGUAAAGAAUUCCGAGAAUGUAAUGUAUCUUCUAAAUGCCCGCGUGGCCCUGCGAAGUAGUUUUAUUAUAUUAUUGCUGUAUGAAUAAAUUGUUAAUUUAAACAUU